GAGACCCAGUCGGGGGAGAGAGGGUGGGGGGGUUCGCACACCCCCCACCACCCAUGUGUCCCGAAUUAUCACUUCGGAGUCGGGUCUUUUUGCGAGGAGGACACGAUGACAGGCGGCAUCGAGGGGAUUGAGAGGUUCGACAGUCCGGGGAAAGGACGCGGUCUCCGGGUGACUCGCGGGUUUAAGGUGGGCGACCUGCUCUUCUCAAGUCCCGCGUACGCGUGCGUGCUGUCCGUCAAGGAGAGGGGCUACUUCUGCGACUUCUGCUUCGUCAGGAAAAAGGGUUUGGCAAGAUGUGGGAAGUGCAAGAAGGCCUUCUACUGCAACGCCACAUGUCAGAAAGGAGACUGGGCCAUGCACAAACUGGAGUGUUCCGCCAUGACGGCCUUCGGAGAGAAGUGGUGUCCGUCUGAGAUGUCCAGACUGGUGGCCCGGAUCAUGGCCAGAAAGAAAACACAGAAGGGCCCAUGUUUAUCGGAGAGGAUUCUUCGGGUAGAUGAGAUGCAGUCUCAUGUGGAGGACGUGGACAAUGAGAGGAGAGAGAUGAGCGAGGCCAACAUCGCUGGACUCUGCCAGUUCUACUCCAAAAACCUGGACCUUCCCGACCACAAGGACCUGCUCACUCUCUUCUCACAGGUCGCCUGUAACGGCUUCACAGUGGAGGACGAAGAGCUGUCCCACAUAGGUACAGCUGUCUAUCCAGACGUGGCACUGAUCAACCACAGCUGCCUCCCCAGCGUCAUCAUCACGUACAAGGGCACGUGUGCCGAGGUGCGGGCCGUAAAAGACAUGGAGCCUGGAGACGAGGUUCUGAUCAGCUACAUCGACCUGCUGUACCCAACAGACGACCGCAACAACCGCCUGCGCGAGUCCUACUACUUCAGCUGCGACUGUCCCGAGUGUCACACCAAGUCCCAAGAUAAAGUGAAGCUGAAGGAGCGCAAGCGGAGCGAAGCCUUCGAGUCAGAUGUCGUCUCCAACAUGAUCCGCUACGCGCGCAAAACCAUCCGAGAGUUCCGAGCCUCAAAAGAUGUUAAAGCCCCUAGUGAGCUGCUGGAGAUGUGCGAGCACAGUCUGGAGAAGAUGGGGGCGGUGUUCGACGACGCCAAUAUUUACAUGCUGCACAUGAUGUACCAGGCCAUGGGGGUGUGUCUCUACCUGGACGACGACGAUGGCGCCAUCAGAUACGGAGAGAAGAUCAUCAAACCCUACUGCCGUCUGUAUCCCCCCUUCUCCCUCAACGUCUCGUCCAUGUACCUGAAGCUUGGGAAGCUGUACAUGAGAAUGGAGAGACCCUCAGCAGCGGUCAGUGCUCUGAAGAAGGCCCUGGCCAUCAUGGAGGUGGCUCACGGGAGAGACCACCAAUAUGUGAAAGAGCUGCGUCAGCACAUCGCCGGAAUAUGAAUGAAAACAUCUCUGCGUAUUUGUCGUUGACUGACAUGAAAGCAUCAUCGUUGUUUUAGUAUUUGUCUUCCCUUUUUUUGCUCUGAUGUCCAGAGACAAGCGAGGUUUUGUUUAAGUUGAGGCA